GGAUAAAAUAUUUUUGAUCGUGGAAAGUGAAUUAAAAUCACUACACAUUUUCUAGUAAUUCCCUGUAAAUACGAAUAUUGAAGAACUUUUUUUAAUUUAAAAUACAAGAAUAUAUGAUAAAGAUACUCUGUGCAAGCGCUGAUAAAAAAUGGAGUAACGACACGUCUGAGAAUCAAUGUUGAAGUUUCCUCAAAGAUAAGCAACAAAAUUAUUUUCACACUGUUUUGAACAAAAGUUCAAAAAUUGAACUUGAAAAUGUCUAAAAUGAAAGGCUUCCUGAAAAGUGUGGAGGGGAUGUUCCAGUUAGCGCCGAAAGUAACAACAGUUGGGAGAGAGGGUUGUGACCUCAUGAUACAGUCUCCUAAUGUUGAUCAACAACAUGCAGUUGUUGAGUACAGCGACCAGGAAGACUGCUUUGUCUUACAAGAUCUCAAUUCAACUCAGGGGACAUUUGUCAAUGACUGUCGUGUACAAAAUGCAGCAGUCCGUUUGGCACCAGGAGACAUCAUUCGCUUUGGCUUCCAAGGCUUACCAUAUGAAUUGGAUGUUGAAUCACCUCAACAGCUAUCAUACCGUCCUGUACAGCAAAUCACAUAUACUCAACCAUUGACUGUCAUAGAAGAUCAAACUUCUUCAUUUACUCAACGCUCCCCUCUCCCACAUCUCAGCUCUACCCAGAACACAGUCGAUUCCUCCCCAUGGGGAACACAAACAGUCCCCUUGCCACGCCCACCUACAGCAAUCAGGGCAAGGCCAAUUAGUGCUGGGAGUCGUAAAUCAAAUUUGGAGAAGACUGGAAGUCCCCAUGGGAGCCCCCCAGUGCAGCAUAGGAGCAUAUCUGGGGGAGGGUGGAUUGGCAGGCCAGGGGGUGCAAGAAGUCAGGGGAACUCUCCAACCAAUGAAAUACUUUUGCUGCAGGAGAAGGAACAGAAAAUUUUGUCAUUGGGUGAUGAGGUCAACAGACUUCGAUUAUUUGAAGGAGAAUCUAACCGUAAAGAUCAAAUAAUUGCACAGUUCCGUGAAGAAAUUGCUGAUCUCCAAAAUAAACUGCGUCAAUCACAAACUAAGACGGGGUAUGCCUCAGACCAGGAUGUCACCCAAAAAUUAUUGCAACUUGAGAAUGAGGUGCUUUCUAAGAGGCUUGAAGUCAGCACUUUGCAAGAUGAGCUUCGUUGUAUCAAAAAUAAUAAGAAAGAAAAGGGCAGUAAUGAGCAAAUAAACACGUCUAUUGUUGAAGCUAGCCAUUUGAAAAGUCAGCUUGAUAUGGUAACAAAGGAUAAGAAUAUAACUUCUGGCCUUGUUACUACGAUGCAGCGGGAUAUGUCCAAUAAGGAUUUGACCAUUAACCGACUUACAAAAGACAUGGAUAUGCUGAAGAAAAGUUUACGUGAAAAAGACAUUCAGAUUUCUGCCUGGUCCACAAAGUUUGCAAGGCUGAAGGAGAAUAAACAAGUGGAUGAGGAGAAGGAUGCAAGAGAGAAAGAACUCAUCAGUCUAAGAAAUAGAUUCAAACUAACAGAGAACAAGGUCCAAGAGCAGAAAGAGCUGAUAGGUGGCAUGACUAAGGAGAUGGAGAAACUCAAGAUUCAGAUGUAUGAUGAUAAGGAGAUCAUCAAAAAGGUAUCACUGGAACUGGAUCAAACCAAAUCCAAAUACUUAGACAUGCAGCGAGCAGAGAGAGUAGUCAGAGUGGACCUUGAACAAGCAUCUAAGAAGUCUGAAAGAUUUAGAAAUCGUGUGAUACAAGUAACCUAUUCAACCCCUGGAAUUAGAGCCCCUGAUGAUGAAAUAAGUGACAGUGAUCUCCUGGAUCAACUCAAGAAAACUAUAGAUGAACGGACAGAAUUCAGUCGUCAGAUCAUGGACCUCAAAGAAACAUUAAAACUAGAAAAAUCAUCUAAGAAGGAAGUUAAUGAAGGCAUCAAAAAAUUAAAACAACAUCUCACUAGUAUAAAUACAAGACUAGGCCAAAAAGGUCGAUUAGCUGGUAAAUUGAAGUCAGAAGUGAGUUUACUGAACAGUGUGAGGAUUGAUGAGUCCUUACAGUGGAUUAAAGAAAGUCUGUUGAAAAUUUUAGAAGGUGAAAUUGAAUGGCAGAAGAAGAUUGAAGACGCUCUACAGGAGUGUGGUGUAAAUACAAAAAUAUCUGAUGAUGAACCUGGGAAACAUAUUCUAGCACUAUUUUCCAAAUGGGAGAGCUCUCUAAAGGAAAAGGACAGUCUGAACAAUCAUAUGAAACAUUUAGAAAGCCAACAUAAGGAAGAGAUGAAAUUGAGGCUGGAGAAUGUACAAAAGGAUAUGGAGAAUAAGUUGACAGAUGCUGUGGAGAAAGCAAAACUUGAAGGUGAGGAAAAGAUGAACAAAGCAAUAGAUGAGAUUCGCCUGGUAGAGCAGGAAAAGAGAGAAAAUGCUCUCCAACAAGAGAAGAUCAAAUAUGAAGAACUUCAGGGUAACCUUGAUGAGCUGCGCAAAGUCAUGGUGGAGAUGGAGGAUGAGAACAAAGAACAAUUAGCUGAAGCUGCCAAAUCUAUUGAAGAAUUAGAGGAACACAAGAAACUUUAUGCUGACAUGAAGGAACAAUUAGAAAAGACAAUAUCAGAGCAAGCAGAAGAAAUAUCCAACCUCCAAGGAAACUCUGAUUCUCUGAGCAAAUCUCACAGCUCAGAGAUGUUGGGUUAUAAGGAGCAAAUAAAACAGCAUUCGGUCACAAUCUGUGCGAUGGAGGAACGCCUUAACAAGGUGAUGAAGAAGAACAAAGAGUAUCAAGCUGAGAUAACAGGGUUGAGAAAGUCCAUGCAGGAGCUGAAGAAUAAGCCAGCUCCUAAACCUGUCCCCCCUCCUAAACCCAAAGUGAUUGUUCAGACCCCUGGACCUGAAGUGCUUGCAAUGGAGCAAGUGAUUCUUGCUCUGAGGAAAGAAAAUGCUGACUUCAAGAAACAGCUGGUAGAGCAGCAAGAUAUGGUUCUAUCUCUGAGACGUGACCUUAGUGGGGCUAGUGCCAGACUCUCAGACAUGACAGGUGAGUUGAGUGAAGCUCAGAAGGAAGAACUUGAAAGGAACAAAGUUAAGAUGAGAGAACAACACGAUGAGUUAAAUGAUGUCAGGCAACAAAUGGUGAAACUCUCUCAAAUUAUUGACAAACAAGCUGCAGAAAUCAAAGAGAUGACUGAUGAGAUGAAUCGCCAGAAAUUGGGUAUCCAAAAGUAUAAGAACUCUAUGAAUGAUAAAGAGACUCAGAUUAAGACCCUUGAAGCUCGUCUUAAAGCAGAGAUGGAAGAGAAAAGCACUCAGUUUGAUCACAAAGAAAAAGAGGGUCGUAUAACACAAGAAAUGACAUCACUUGGUGCCCAGUGUCGGGGAGAGAGGCAUGACCAAGUCAUUGCAAGACAACGUGAGGCUUUGGCAGAACUCAGAUCUAGAAUUAAGAACCUAGAAACUACCAGACCUGCUGUUCCCAACCAUGACCAGGCCUUGCAACAGGUGAUACUGUUGAAGAAAGAGUUGGCAGAGAUGAGGACAGCCCAGGCUCUUGCAGAGCAACAGAAGGCCAUACUGGGGAGUGAGGCAAGCUCAACACUGGACAGGGAGGUGAAUAGGGUCAGGGGACUAACCACUACAGGUUCAGCUGAUGCCGAAGUUGAGAGAAGUGCACACAGAGAGACACUUGAUAGUUUAGAGGCCAGUGAGAGUUCAUACUUGACCUUACUCCGUGCAGUGGCAAGUUGUCUUGAAAUGGAGGAAAUAUCUGGUCUUAGGACAAUGGCACAUCUUCACAGGGAUGAACGUGAGAGACUCAACAAUGAACGUGAAAGAGCCACUGAGCUGGUCGCUAGUAGAAUCAAGGUGCUUCAAGAGAGGAUCCAGAGAAAGGAUGAGUUGUUACAUAACUAUGAGCGAGAUCUGGCAAAAUUGAGACAACUUGAGGAGCUUGCAUCCAAGAAACAUGGCCAGGUGGAAGGACUAGAGAAUGAUGUCCGUGGCAGAACAGAAGAAGCUCAAUAUCUGAGGGAGUCCUUGAACCGCACCAGGGACCGUCUAGAGCAAGAAAAACGUCUAAACAGUGCAAUCAAACAGCGUAAAACCUUCCAUUUAGAGCAAGAAAAGGUUCACCAGCAAAGUUAUGCCAAACACCACUGCCCUCCAGAGGAUAUUUUCGGAAAGAAAGCAGCUAAGAAGAAAGUAAUGAAUGAUAAAAUGAAACGGAAAAGUUAUGAAAUAGGAGUAUUGAAAGAUGCUCUAACAGACAAAGACAAUCACCUUAAAACCACAAGCAGUAGACUACAUAAACUUGAAACCAGUCUCGGACUUCAGAACGAUCGAAUUGAAAUAAUGGAGUAAAUAAUGGAAUAAACAGUGUAUUCUUUUUGCAAAUUCAACAGAAAAAUACCAACUGAGAUUCUGAUCUGGAUACACAUA